AUGGGCGGAGAGACGGGGGACGCGGAAGGGCGCGGGGGGGCGGAAAGGGGCAGGGGUGCAGACGGCGGAAGGGCGGUGAGCGCGGGGGGUGGGGGGAGUGAGGCGGUGGCAAUUGCAGGGCUGGAGCCUGGGAAGACGCGCAGCACACACAAGCUGCUCAAGAUCGUAUCAGGCACCAACAGGGGGAGGCGGCUUCUCUCCCCCGCCGACCGCAACGUGCGGCCCAUGAUGGAGAUGGUGCGGGCGGCGGUGUUCGACAUGUUGCACGCGCUGCUAGACGCGCCACACCGCCUGCCGACUGGCUCGCGCUGGCUGGACCUAUACAGCGGCACGGGGAGCGUGGGGCUGGAAGCAAUGAGCCGAGGGUGCGGACAGGCACACUUUGUCGAGAUGGACCCGUGGGUCGUAUCCUCGGUGCUCGCCCCUAACAUUGAAGCCUGCUCCGCCUCCUCCCACACCACCAUCCACCCGCUCAAAGUCGAGUCAUUUCUCCAGCAAGCGGAGCAAAGAGGAGCUGAGUGGGUGGGAGGGCCUUUCAGCUUCAUCAGUGUGACUCCUCCCUAUGAGCUCGUCGUGUACAGUCAACUCAUGGCCCAGCUCGCUGCCUCGCCGCUGCUGCACCCAGAAACAUGCAUGGUCGUGGAGUAUCCAAACAAAUCUAAGGAUGAGAUCUUGGACACAUGCGGUCCUCUAUAUAAG